CAGCAGCGCGAAGCACGUCCGCCCGUGAGCGCGCCGCUGGGAGCGCGCAGGACCCGUCCCUUCUGCAGCAGCCGCGCGCAGCAGCAGCAGCAGCAGCAUCCAUCCAUCCUGCCGUGGAGGAGCCGGGAUCGUGGAGCGUCGAGAGACGGAUGAUGGACGGAGUGGGUUCGUUCGGAGCGGGCCGGACCGGGUCCACCAUCGACCCCAUCACAUUCGCCAAGCAGCCGCAGACCAUCCUGAGAGUGCUGUCGUGGAUAUUCUCCCUGGUGGUCUUCGCCUCCAUCGUAAACGAAGGCUAUUAUAACGUGGGCAGCGAGCGCCUCUACUGUGUUUUCAACAGGAACGCUGAUGCCUGUAACUAUGGAGUGUUUGUGGGGCUGGUGGGCCUGCUGGCCUGCUCCUUCUUCUUCAUGCUCGACUACAAGUUCUCCUCCAUCAGCUCUGUUAAAGACAGGAAGAAGGCGGUGAUGCUGGAGAUCGGCUUCUCAGGAUUCUGGACCUUUCUGUACUUUGUAAGCUUCUGUUUCCUGGCCAAUCAAUGGUCUCGGACCAAGAAAGAGGAUCUACCACUCAACCAAGGGGCAGACGCAGCUCGGGCGGCGAUCGCUUUCUCUUUCUUUUCCAUAAUCACCUGGGCUGGCCUAACAGCACGUGCGGUCCAGAAGUAUCUGCUCGGUACAGACAUGACCCUGUUCACCACCGAACACAUGGAUGGGGGUGCACCCACCCAGCCAUACCCCUCCAACUCUCCAGGAGGAGGCACCACUGAAACCACAGAGGCCUACCAGAGCCCACCAUUCACUGAGAACAAUGCAGCACCCACAUACCAGGUCCCCAUCUACUAGUAAAAACAAGAAAGACCUAAGGGUAAAUCAUGGAGAUGAGAGGAAAAUACGAAUGAGGGGAAAUCUGUGAUUUCUGAUGCAUUUGUGUGUAAAUUAAUCUGGGCAUAGUAGAAACAAACGAAAAAGGCCUCUUCUUCCUUUUAUCCUCCUCGUGUUCCCUGUCCUUCCAGAACAUUCCAGAUAAAUCUGCACUUUUCUAAACCUUUCGGCAGAAAAUCUUUACUUCAGAGCAGACACACGAGAAAACUAGAGGAGGAAGAGGAGCAGCAGCAGCAGGGGAGGCCACUGAGGCUACAAAAAUUAGGAUUCUGUCACAAAAGAAGGCUGUAUUCUUUACUGAAAGCAGAGCAGUAGGUGCUCUCAAUGACAGGAGGCGGCCCUCAUAUUUUAGUGAUACUCAUUUAGACGUCAAAAUCUUCCUUUCCUGCCACACACUGCUGGGAAUUUUCAGUUUUUUAGCUCCAACAGUAGUUUCCUGCUGCAGUUUAGGGUGAUCAUCUGCAUGUCUCCAAGCUUAGAGAUCAACUAAGUGCCAUACUGUACUGUGCGUUUCAGACAGUGACUUUCUUUAGUAAGUUUUCACAUGAUGUUAAAGAAAACAACAAUGUCUUGUGACUUAUAGUGCAAUAUCUCGAGCUCUUAUUGUAGGCAGACAUACACUGUAUUGUAAGUAGUCAAGUUAGCAUUGGAUUAGAUGAGCUUCAUGAAAUAUUUCAAAUUGUAUUUAAUGUUUUUUUGGCUAAUUCCCCUGUGAGCUUCAGAUCAUUUAAGCAUUUUAAUAAGAAUUUCGGUUUUCUUAUCAUUCAAUUACAUAAUUAAAAAUGCUCUAAUGGAAUAUUUCAAAGGAAGAGUUCAAUUUGUUUCCAAAUUUGUUAAGUUUAUUUCUGAUCCGUUCUUAUGGAGAGGAAAUAGUCUAAAACAUUUAUAUGUGCGAAAUACUGAUUUUUAACUUAUACAAUAUAAUUUGUGCUUAACUGUGUGUACUUGCAGUUGUGUAUUCAUAUGUAAACCUGAAUAUCAACAACUUGCAAAAUACAAUUUAUGGAUGCAAAUCACACCAACUUAAAACUAACUACGAAUUCAAAUCAGCUUCUACUCAAACUAAUUUUUAAAUACUACGAACCAAUCGCCUGAUACACACAAACAAAACCACAUUUACGUAUAGAUGAGAGAUGCAAGUGCAUGUGGAGUUUUAAGAUUCUUUUCCAGAUUUUAGGCUACAUGAUGUGUUUAAAUGCUGGUAGAAAGUUGUUUUCUUUACCACCCUUUCCUCUAAACAUAUUUACUUCUAUAGGUUUUGCUGAGCUGACAAAUAUUUAAAAAAAAAGAUCUCAGCACUUGAAGCUUACUUUUUAAAACCUAAAAAAAUAAUUAAAAUUUAUUCUUACCUGAGACGUAGAAGAGUUAUAACAUGGGUAACAGAAACGACCUCUAGCAAACUGUUUGUUAGGGAAAAAUCAGAAUAUGGACAGAAUUAAGAGGCAAGUAGAGGUGCUUAAACACCCAGUUUCUGUUAUGGUUUUUCUUUGUUUAUUUUAUGUAUUUGUCAGCAACACCAAUAAAAGGAGAAAAGUUAGAGAAAAAGAGUACUAAAAAAAAAAAAACUCUGAUUACCCAGCAUUCUACCAGCAUUCACCCUUAAUUCUGGAAAAGUGGAAAGUCUCAAAAUCCCUUGUGAAGUUUCACCUCUAAACUGUACGUAAAUGUGGUUUUAUGUGUGAAUCAGGAAACUGGUGCAUACUAUUUAAAAAUGUGAACAUUUUGAAUUUGUAGUUCAUUUUAAGCUGGUGUCAUUUCAAGUUGCAUGUGCGUAAAUUGCAUUUCGCAUUCAUAUGUUUUUGAUUUACGUGUAUGAAUGUACCGUUACAAGUACACACAGUUAUGCACAAAAUGUAUUGUAGGAGUUACAAAUCAAGUAUUAUACACACACAAAUACAAAGUUACACACAACGAAGCAGACACAAGUUACAAUUAAUUUUUGAGACUAUUUUCUCUCCAUACAUUGAUGAAACAGUCAAAUAAAUUAAAAAUAGGGGUGUGUAUGAGCAAGAGUCAGGCGACACGAUACAUAUCCUGAUACGCGUCUUAAGACACUGAAGGACGUUCAUAAAUAAUUAAUUAAAUAUAAUCUUGUCAGCAUUUUAAAUCGAUGCAAGUAUCACUGACAAAGUAUCGUGAUAUAUCGCUGAAUCAAUUAUUUUCUACACCCUUAAUAAAGAAACUGACUCUGACUUUCAAAACUUUUCCAUUGUAAUUUAUGAUGGGUUGUUUUGGAAUUAUUUUGUGUGAAGUGGAGAGAGUGAGACCCCAUAACACCCAGAAGAAUUAGGUCCCUUUAUAUUUAAAAAAAAAAAAAAAGCUGCCAAACUGCCCUGCGCUCUUCUUACCGUCUUCUUUCGUUAAUACGACUUUCAGGAGGAACAACAACACGAGCUUUUACAAAAGAGCCGGUCGCUGUCAGAUUCUGUUAAGUCUCAGGCAAAAGAAAAGUCGAGGGUUGCUAGCUGGCUAACUCCUGAAUCCUGCCUUCGCUAAGGAGGGGCUGGGUCCUAAUUAGUUGCCAAGGUGACAGGGGGUGGGGCUGGACGGAAGUGGGUCAAGGAUGACCCAAAUGUAGAUAGCAACAAUGCCAACUAUGUCAGUGUGUAGCAGUGUCUGUGUGUUGUGGUACACCGUCAGUGAACAUGUCAUUCUGGUACAGGCGUAUGUGUGCACCUUGAGUGAUGCAAAGGGAUGUGUGUUAUUGUGUGUGUGCGGAUAACUUCAGUUUGUUAUUUAAGAUGGACGUGUAAAGUAGGUCGAUCACAAUUCUGUUCCAGCAUUUAUUAAUGUCCUCCAAAAUUGAAAAAUUAUAUAUAUAAAUAUACCCCAGCUACAUGUAUAAUCAGUUUUAUCUGUAAUGUGAUGUUUGAAGAGGAGUGUUUUUAGGAAGAAGGACUCAAAUAUGGAGGUUAAAAGGUUUUUUCUCCUGUAAGGGGUCCAAUGGGAACUGUUACACAUCAGAGACGGCUCUUGGGUUUUGUAACAAUGCAUGAAUAUAUUAGAUUUUAAAAAAGUAUAUGCCAUUUGCAACUCCAGGAUCUGUUGCGGAAGCUCAAAAAUGUUGGUGCGACUCCCAAACUUUUCUUUCCUCAUCCCUGUGAUCACCCGAGUCCGUGCACGCCUGGGUAACCAUACAAUGACGUAUUAUGCACCAAAACAAACUGGAUUCAUGUGAACCUGCAAGAGUAAAUGUUGAUUUAUAGACAGGUUUUAAGAUAUAAAUAAUAAAAAAUUAGAGUUAAAAAUACAAUUUUCUUUAGAUAUUUAUUUUUUAUGAAUACUGUCUUUUAUUUCCAUACAAAUUAUUUUUUUGUAUCUGCCGACACCUUAUGUCCAUUUUCUUCAGUGCUUUGAAGAGCAACUUAUCUUGUUACACAAUUACACAAGGAUAUUUACUCGUUAUGUUUUUUUUUGUUUUGUUUUUUUUUUCGGGUGCUUUCAGCCAAUAAAUACAAGAUGUGAUCCGUAAAUUUCUUUGCAUAAAUUGGUAAAUUUUAAGCAAAGUUCAUAAAGCAAUUUUUUACCCAUAAUCCAUAAAGGGCAGUUCCAUUCAUGGCAUGCUUUAGAAACUAGAAGUGAAGAACCGCUAUUGUCCAUAAAGUUUUUUGUUUUUGAAGAGAGUCGCUGGUUGUAUUCAAUACUCUAUUAGGUAGCUUGGGUGCUUGAGUAUUCUAGUUCUCAGUGUUUCAGUCUCUUCUUGAGUCGGUGUGGUAGAGUGAAAUUAAAUAUUCGGGCAUCUUCUGGCCCACGUACACUGCCGUGGUUUUGGUCGACUGUAAAUCGGUAUGUUUAUUCAGUAAAUGAGUGUGUGUGUGUGUGUGUGAUUCUGUCUAGGGUUUGUCAAAAUCAAGAAAAUAUCAGCAACAUUUAUCUAGAAAGCAUUUGUUGGUUAAUCCCUUUUGGAGCAAUUCUAACAGAAACCAUAGUGCUCAUUCUGUUUUGUAAGACCGAGUAAAUACAUCAGUGUUGUAUUUAGUCAUGCAGGUGCCAUCAGUGAUGUGGUUUUUUCAGAAAAUACAUUGCAUGGAUGUUACGAUACACGAGCGCCCUUUCAACAUACCCCACCUGAUACUGAAAUUCAAAAUAAAAUCCCCAUUAACUAAUGAAGAAAUGAAGAUUUGUAGUGUUCUCCCAUUAACACCGGUUUUAUUUUUUUGCUUUUAUUUCGGAAGGUGUUUGGGCUCUUCAUUGUAAACUUGCUGUGUACAGAGAUGUGUGUUUCUGUCUAUUACCUGAAUGUCUCUGGACUGCAGUCUGACCGUCACACCAAUAAAGACAAAAACAUGUUUUGGA